CUACUUCUCUUUCUCUUCACUGUACUCUUUUGGUGACGAGUUUGAAGACAGUCAUGUCUGUGAAUAUCAUGAUGAGGAACAUUUUACUGAGUUUCCUCUUUGUUUCAAGGACUUUGGCUUGUUCUGAUGACGCAGACCUGUUCAUCACUGCACCGAAAAAGUUGGAAGCCCUGAGUGGAUCUUGUCUCCUAAUCCCUUGUAAUUUCAGGAAUAAAAGAGAAAAUUGGUUUAACAGCAGCAGGAACACUUUUGGAGUGUGGAUUAAAAAUCACAUCAAUUUUCAAGUUUAUCCAGAGAAUGUGAUUUUCAACAGUAGUCAGCAGGAUAGCGGAUACCCGAUGGAGAUCACUGGAGACCUGUCUGAAAAGAACUGCACCACACUGUUUCAUAAUCUAACCACUAGUUACUCACACUAUUAUUUCUUCAGAAUAGAGAACAGGCCAUACAGGGCAACAGCAAUUUGUGAACAUCUUCAAAUCAACAUUAAAGAUUCUCCUCCGAGGCCCAUAAUGAGCGUCUCUGGUGAGCUGAAGGAGAAGGAGUCUGUCACUAUAACCUGCUCAGCUCCCACUCCCUGUCCACACCUCCCUCCUCGACUCACCUGGAGCCUCCAACAAGACGCUCACAGCCAAACAGAGGAAAACACAGAUGGAACUUUAACCACUAAGAUCCAGCAGACCAUCACUCUGUCAGACCAACAUGAUGGAUUCAAGCUCAGCUGCUCUGCUGUGUAUCCUGUUGAUGGAGGACAACAUGUGAAAACAGCUGUGGCAGAGCUCACUCUCAGUGUUUCUUAUGCUCCUAAAGACAUGUCAGCCUCCAUCAGUCCAUCAGGUUUGGUGUCUGCAGGGAGCUGGGUGAACCUGAGCUGCUCCAGCAGAGCCAGACCUGCUGUCAGCUACACCUGGUUCAAGAUCAGUGAUCAUGGAGCAGUCAGAGUGUCUGAAGGAGACUUUUACAGCUUUAAUGUGACGGAAGGAGGAGCUUAUUACUGUGUGGCUGCAAAUGAUCUGGGACAUCAGAUUUCAGAACCGACUCUUCUGACUACUGAAGACGAUCAGAGGCUUGGACUCGGAGUCCUCGUUACUCUGAAGAUCGUGGGAAUCGUAGCUCUCUGCAGUUCACUCGCCAUCUUUGAGUGCUGGUUCAGAAUGAGAUUUCGCCACAAACCAGUGAAGUUUGUACAUGAACCUGCAUCUUAUUCAGGAGGAAAAUACUUUGGAUCCGUUUUGGACUCACAAGAAGCAGACUAUGUCAACACAGUGGAGGAGAGUCGAGCCUCUUGAGCCACAAGGAGAAGAUGUUAAAUCCUGUCACGCCCUGUACCACUGUGACCAGAUGGAGGCGCUCGGGGGCCUGUUUUGUCUUUGUUUGCCCCGCCUCACCUGGACCUGUCUGCCCCUCAUUUUCUCCUGCCUGGUCACCUGCCUACUCCUCUUGUUCUCUUGUCUGGUCUCCUGUCUCGUGAUCUCCCUAAUGUGCCACACCUGUGUCUUCCCCUACUUCAGCCCUGCUCUUCUCUCUUGUCCUUGUCGGUUUGUUGUGGGUCUGUCUGCAUGUCCUGCUUGUGUGUCCUGGUCUGCCUCUGCUCUGCUCAUUACUGUUCCCGUUUCUUGCAAAUAAAUGAGUUUUUGAACUUCACCUGGCUGCCUGCUGGUGGGUUCUUCCAUCCCGCACCCGUGACAAAUCCAUCGUCAGUGACGUGGUUUAUUCUUUCUAAUAAUGUCUAAUGAUGUAUUUGUGAUUCAUGUCGUGAAAUCUGUUUGGUGGAUCAAUGUUAUUUUUCAGUGUUGUAAAGGUGAAGUGGUUCUCAUCAGUAGAGGAUAAACAGACACGUGAUUCACAGCUUGAUGUUUUCUUUGUGCAUUUAAAUUACUUUAAUCUGCAUUUCUUAUUUGAAGUAUUUUAUUUCAUGUUGUUUAUUUCAUGAGCAACACGUAU